CACAGUUUAAGGCUGAAAUCACAUGGUGCGGAAUAGAGCUGCGGAAUAGAACGUGCGUCAUAGAAGCAGCCAAUCAGAGCUAUUCCGCAUUUUCUGUUCCGCAAAUGUUUGGCCGGCCUGUUCCCAUGGUGCGUCAUAGACGGGCAAUGACGCAUCCGGAAUGAAAAUUGUAGAUGUAAUACAACUUUUAUUAAAAUAAAUCAAACGUUUUUAUAAAAUGUAAUAUUUGUAAUAGCAAUAAUAAUCAUUAAUAUAAUAUUAUAUGAAAUUUUGUAUUGAAUAUUAAAAAGUUGAAAACAAUAUUUUUAAAUUUUUGAACUGCAUUGACGCAUUCUUGGUCAUUUUUCUGCACCAUGUGAACAGGCCGGUCAAAGAUUUGCGGAAUGCGUGAUGCGUGAUGUAGCUUGGUCGUACACCAUGCAAUAUUGUUAACCUUUUUUGCUAAAACUUUGUUUUUGUCAGAAAAUAGCAAAGGUUAUGAAUAUGGAAAAUAAAAUAGUGAUGAUUCAAGAGUCUAUUAAAGUUUUAACGAGAGUAUACAUGAGAAGAACUCCAAUGCUCCAGUAUCAAAAGGAAAAAAUCAGAAUUGCUUUAGUGAAAUUAUGGUUACUGUAUACAAAAUUGUCAAAGCAAAAAUCCAAAAGAAGGAUGUGGGUCAGGCCUAUUUAUUCAAUUGAGCAGCGUUCCUCUCAAGGAGAUAGUGACAAUUUAGUUAAUAUGUUACGAAUGACAGAUCCUUCACUAUAUUUUAAUUAUUUAAGAAUGGAUGCUAGCAUCUUUAAAGAUCUACUAUUAAUAGUAGGUCCUGGAAUUGAAAAGCAAUUAAAUAUUAGAGAACCAAUUGCUUCAUAUACAAGACUGCAAAUAUGCUUAAGAAUACUUCUUUCACUUUAUCAAAUAUAGAAAAAGUAAACUGGCUCAACUUCAAAUAUAUAGAUCAACCGUUACUUGGUUAUGGCUACAAAUUCUGUGAUAUUCUAUGACGCGUAGCUAUGACGCAACGACGCCAAUGACGCGAACGCGCAUGCAGAAAAGGUUGUAGAUUCUGCGGCAAAGCUCUGAUUGGCUGCUUCUAUGACGCACGUUCUAUUCCGCAGCUCUAUUCCGCACCAUGUGAUUUCGGCCUAAGUUAGGUGGCAUUUGGCGGUAUUUCGCGCGGGAGGAUUAAACGAUCCGCUGCGCUUGAUAUUUCGCGAGAUAUUUUCGAGAUUCGACGUGAUUUUCCCUCAAAUCCCUUCGCAGCCGAUGCUUCGACGCCUGCCGAAAGAGCGUCGUGAGAGCUGCGAAUAUGUCGCGGUUAUCGGAAAGGAUCGCCGACAUCCUGAAGCUAGCCGACAGCACAAGAGUAACAGAUAAGAGGCGAUGCAUAUCCGAGCUGUUGGAUUUAUAUCAAAACGACGACGUUCUCCAGGAAAUAUGCCAAAAUACAGAGAGAAAAGCUCAGGGAAAGGCCAACUGGCCUUAUCUCAUAUACACUGCCCAUAAACUGAUUACUGAAGAAGCAGAGAAGCCUGGUAAAGAAACAAAUGCUAAGAAUAAUGACAGACAGUCUCUCAGUAAUUUCGUGAUUGACACAAUUCGCCGAGCCAAUGAGAGGUCAGCUGUGUUCCUGAGAAGCAGUGACAUAGUUGCUAUGAUACUGCAGAUAUUAGAUUCUAAAGUUUAUGUGCAUUAUCAGGAUACAUAUCUAAGGAUAUUGGUGAAAUAUAUACUGCCCAAGAGUAUAAAUCACAGAAAUAUCACGGCAGAUCAAUGGAGAGAUCUAUUGAUUGCUUGCACCAAGCUGUAUGGGAAAGCACACCUCCAAAACCACAAAGUGUUAGAUGGAUUGCAAAUGAUUGUCGAUUACUCUUUCCCACACACAAAUUUACUUCCUUACGUGAAGAAUAUGCUGUUGUUUUUAGAAAACGUUUUCGAAAAUGUCAAAGCAAGCAACGACGAGCAAUUAAUGGAGUGUUUCUACAAACUGAGCAGCAGUGUGUGCAAGCAGAUUACAACGGAAUCCAAAAUUGCACUCUGCAAGUUCAGCGAGAGCAUAUCAAUGGAUAUUUUACGUUUGAACGGUUCUGAGGAAAAGUACAGACUGUUAUUGAUCUUUCUACAGAUUCACCAUCCAGGGGGUAUCUCCAGUCACGACGAUGGCGCUUACGCAUUUGAUUGGGACAAGUGGAGAAGCUUGUUACGUAGCAUGUUUCAGCUUAUUCAGGAGAACUGCAAAUUGGAUGUGCAAUGGUGCAGUUUCAUCCAAUUUGCCAGCGAAGUUAUAAAACAGAUAAUGGACAACUCGGCAAGUUUUACUUGUUCCCUCGAGGGCUUUUAUUCUCAAGCCAAACGCAGACGAACAAUGAACAAAAUUGAAAACAUUGUUGACCUGGUAACAGAAAGUAAUCCUGAGGAAGUGUGGCCGUUAUUAAGAAUUCUGACAGAAACAUUAAGAAAGUAUCCCCAAUGUCUGAGGUCACAAGAUCUCGCACCUUUGCUGCAACGUUUGACGGAGCUCGCUGUGUCUCGAGACGAGUCUAUUAUGAAUAAUUUGUAUAAUCUGGCUGCUGUCCUCAUGGAAAACGAGAUGUCUAAUGAAGAGGAAAUGCAGGAUGCUACAAUUCACUGGAGCAAGAUAUGGGACAUGCUACUUAGAUCUCUCGGAGCAAAUCAAAACGAGGAAUCGGGCCAUUUGUUAAUUCGCCGUUUUAUAAGAUACAAUAGGAUACCGAAUGCUAAUGCUCUCCUCAGAUUGUACCUGACCAAAGCGAUACGCUGGUCGCUGAAUAGCGUGCACACGCUACGACGGCUGUGCGAGCGUAUCUCUCUACCAGUGGACGCGUCCACGUCGGUACUGGAUUCGUCACCUUCGAUGAUGAUGGCGCCAAUCUGUGACAGGACGCGCCUGUUAGAAUGGCUAUUGAACAUGCCAUGGCAGAAGCUGGCAACGCGACUGUCCGUCGAUGCUAUCGAGGACAUCUGCACGUUAUCGGUAAACCUCGUUUUGAGCUCUCGUCACAGACAGAACACCAGGAUGGAGCAGAAAUCCUUGCAGAGUCGCAAGGAGGCGCAUACAACCACUUUUGUACCACAUCGAGAUAUCCAUUUGACUGACCUCUCGCAGCUUUGUCACGCGUCUUUAAUAUUCAAGGUGGAGUUGUUAGUGAGUUCGAAAGACGAGCGCGUUGUACGAGAUUCCGGAAUAGUACUGUCCGACACUGGAAGUCCUGUCGCCUAUGUGCAGGAGGUGCUCAACUUUCUGAGAAAGCAGAUGCAUGACUUUAUUCGAGAAGAGGAUGACAACGACGAAAAUAAAAAUACAUUUGAAGUUUAUAUGAUACUAAUGAAACUAGCGUUUGUGGCGAGACUGCUGUCCGCUCUGAAGCAGCUUGGUAUUCUUACAAUGGAGGAUACCGGCAGUUAUGGUUUACUAAUCAAUGUGAUGGAAAAGCAAUUGAAAAGUAGCUUCGAAAUUCUGACGAAAAUUGACUGGACCAGGUGUAAAAACGUGUAUUUGUUCAGCAUAACUAAGGCACUGAGAAUGCUCUAUGGAGCGACCUACGAUACGGAAAUUGCUAAAAUAAUCGUAUCAGCCUCUACAGUGGACAUGAUAAGAAACAUAUUUGAUCUGAUGAAUCUAGAUGACAAUUAUUGUAGUUACGAUUAUUACGAAGAUAACGCUCAGGGAAGACGCAGACGUUCAUACAACACAUGUCUAAAGACGUCGAACCCGAAUCCGAGUCUACCGCGCGAGGGCGCGAUUCGCCUGUACAUCGUGGAGGCCUUAUCAUCUUUUUGCGCUUUGCAUAUCGACAAGGACAUCGACUGCUGCAAGUCCAUGUUACAGAAGAAGAUAAUGCACAAUCUGCUGACCCUGCAGCAAGACUUUACGAGCCACGUGGACUCCAGGAUAUCGUUGGCAAUCCUCGAGUCGCUCGCCACGCGCGAUCACGACGAGAUCCACCGAGAAUGCGCGGAUGAACCACUGGAAUUUCUGAUGGAAUUAUGCCAAAAGGGUUGUAAAGACGAGAAAUCGUUGCGACAGCUGUUGCAUCUACUGCCAUAUUUCUUUGAAUACUCAAUCAAACGCGGUUAUUCGCCCAGACUAAUCCAAACGCUCGAGCAGCUUCACAAGCGCAUCUACAAACGAAACUACAGCGUUCUCGUGCAUACGAGCUAUAUGAAGUGCGCGUGCAGCUGCGUACAAAUCGAUCCAGACUUCUCGUGGAGUCACGUUGGCGUUUCUGAUAACAACGAUGACGUUCUGAUGAUACUUAACAGCAUCCUCAGUUACAUCGACGAUGCGCUCUUUGUGCUCCGUUCACAAGCGGUGCGAUGCUUGCAGGAGCUGCUGUCCCUUAGAAAUAUCGCUUACAAAUGGAAGGAACGGAUUUUCGUCAAAGUAGAGGAAACUGUGUUCAAACUGCUUGAUGAGACAGCUCAACAAUCGAAUUCCAAUUCGCGAAAUAGUAACAGUUUGAUAGAGAGUCAACUGCAGGAUGAAAGGGAAACCAGGACGGUCACCGCGUUGAUCGCGUUAGCCUCCAUAGUAUGUGCCAGUGGAGUUCUUCAAGGUCGCGCCCUGUGUGCGUUAUUGCGAUUGACAACGGAAAAGGAGGUGAAUGUGCAGAUGGUGCGGAAGGUCCUCUUGGCAGCAGCACGGCACACGACGACAUACGUGUCACUCAUUGAGGAUAACUUAAACUAUCUGCUUACUUCCUGGAUUGAAGACGCCCAUUGUCUAUUGCAAAGCUUUCCGUGGACGCUCGUGGGAUGCGAGACUAUCAACGAGUUCUUUAAAAAGAAUAUCAACUGUAUCGUCCCAGUUCUGUUGCGUACCUCAGAUAUUGACGAAGCCAUGUCCUUCUGCACAAAUCAUGCCGGUGUGGCUUUCAACCAGGUCUUCGAGGAUGCUUUUCCAUCCUGCUUCGUGUGGCUUAUAUCACGUGCCGUUGUAUUCGACAGUCCGGCUGUCGAAACGAUGCGCAAGAUGAUAAAUAACACGGACGAGUUCGCGGACACGCGCAGUUUCAAUCAUCUGUUCCAUUCUCGCUUGCAGGACGUUCUUAUAGAACUGAUACGGCGAUUGCACGAUGAGGGCGACUUUAGCCGCGUUCUCUCGAUUUCAUCCAGAUGCUUUCCGGCGAUGGAUCCGCCACACUUCUCGCGAGACAUGCUAAAUCUCUGCUUCAAUUAUCUAGAAUCACACAAUCUCCUGAACACGCGCGUGCUGGUCGUCCAGCAACCAGCGACGCUACAGAAAACGCUAUUGCAGCUCGCGAGCGCCGUGCACUUAUCGCGCUCCCGCGAGGACAAGCUCAAGCGGCUGCAUCAGUACACGUACUUCUGCUCACGGUUGACGCACGAUUUCGCAAAUCCUGUCUUCAACGAGAUGGCCGCGUUCCUGAUUCGGGACAUCUGCUACAGCCUGUUGCAUCUGAUUAGAAAUGGUGGCGACGGCGACGAGACGCUCGUCACGGCAUGCUGCAGGUUUCUAAACCUGUUUCUGAGACAAGCUCUGCCAACGAGAGCCGCGGAAGUCCAGGAUGUUCUUCGGUUUAUCGUGGCAAACUUGAUCGGCCUGGCGCAAUCGAAGACGAGCAGCGUCAGUGAGAUCGCCACGAGUCUGCUCAGAUUUCUCGUGGUAGAGCAAAAAGACGUGCUACGAGAGGCCAUUGCGAAACUCGGCUCGUUCCCGAAUCACGAGGUUUUCCGGGAUGCAAGGAAAGCCCAUAACACUAUCAGAUCGGAGGAUGGAUCCGCACUACGUCUUGAGGAUGAAUUGGAGCGAUUCUUGGACGCUAUGAGCGAAGAGAACGCUGAGUGCACGCUCGAAGAUCUUACAAAUUUCACGCAACAGCUGUCGAUGAGAAAAAGCGAGCUGCGAGAACUGCAUCGAAAGUUGGAAAGACCGUAUCCCGAGGAUGGUGCUAGUAUUCUGCAUCGGUUAAUAUUCAAACUCAUCAAGCUAACGGAGUCACCUAAUCCAUGCGUGUCGAUGGAAGCUACCAAGUGCCUUGGCGAGAUAGGCCCGAUGGAUUCUACAGUAGCUCUACGACCUGCUGGAAGUCUCGUCCGAAAAGAGGAUGAUCCAAUAGAAGCUCUGACCUAUCGGUCGGUCGCGAUGUUAACGAGCUUUCUCGUGGAGAACUCGGUUGAACUUCGCAAGGUGAGCGCCGAUGCCCUUUACGCAGUGCUAUCAACCUCCUACGGCCGUGAACUGGUUGAGAACUCGAAGGAUCUAUCAAAUGUCCUCGAGUGCGCGCCUUUGAAGAUUGACUACAUUCGACCGUUUAUUCACGGCCGUUACGUCAAACAGACGUCUUUCCACGUAGAUACCACGAGAUUUCGCACCAUCAUGAAUCCAGAAAACACGCUGUGGACCGUCCAGAACGGCGACAGUUACGCGGAAUGGAUCAUCAAAGUUACUUGUAACAUUGCCGAGUGCUUCGCGGAUUCCUACUUGGAGAAUCUUCUCUCGGUCUGUCGCCUCAGCGUCGAAUUUUGCGAGCUGAUUCUGCCAAGAAUCGUUUACCUCGUCAUCCAUGCAAACGACAGCUUUAUCAAUGCCAUGUGCGAUUGCGUCAAUCAAUUCUUCAGGAAACACUUUGCGCUUAAUGAACCGGAGACCACCACUGCGUCACCAACAUCGAAAGGCGACAGCUGCGACCAGAAGAUCGUACGUCGCAUGCUGGACAUAGUGAACCACGUGCGUGCCCAGCUACCGGAUGGUACGAUCCUAAGGCUCAACUACGUCUAUCUAGCGAGAGCGGCGCACAAAUGCUCCGCGUACUAUACAGCCCUACUGUUCGCGCAACUCGCCUGCGAAUUGAUCUCGUCGGACUAUCCGGACUUCAGCAAUGAUCCGAGGAUCGAUUACAUCUACGAACGGCAGCCGGAGAUCGGUCGGGUGUUGCAAAACAUUAUGCUGGACACCUAUUUGAACAUCAGUGAUCCGGAUGCGAAAUCUGGCGCAGGAUCGUCACACUUACUCGAUCACGACUCUCGCGUGCAAUACUACGCCCGUAUCAAUCGCUGGGACGAGGUCAUGCUCGCACAGGAUAUCGAGCUGUCCAACCACUCGUCGGUGGCGAACGCCAGAUUAGAGAUGGCGAAUGCACUGCACCACUCGGGGCUGCAAUUCCUUCAAUGGCAAUUCUUAGGCAAUAAUUUGGAUGAGAAAUUUAGUUACGAAUGUGCCUGGAGACUCGGUAAAUGGAAUCUACCCGUUAAUGUUGCUAAUUAUAACGACUUUCAAUCUCAUCAGUUGCGACUGGAGUCGCUAGAGAACGCAUUUCACGUGCAUCAUUAUCACGCAUUGAAGUGCUUUCACGAGAACGAUCGGCGAAGCAUAGAUCGAGCGAUCGAAUGUGGCCGCAUGAGUGUGAUCAACGAGCUACGAGUGAUCAGUCCGGAGAGCAGCAAGACUGUUAAUCAAAUAUUGUCACAGCUACGGUUGUUGCGCGAGAUCGAGCAGCUGAACUGGGCUGCUGACUUACCCGAGGAAAGGUAUCCGCAGAUUUUGCGACGUUGGAACGAGCACGAGAUCAGUUCGACCGGUCAGUUUGAUUAUGUGGAACCGAUUCUGUGGCAACGUAUCACCAUGUUUCGCAUUCGUGAGUCCCUGCGGACAAACGUGAACGUGCAGAAGGCGUUUUUUGCCACUUGUCUGGGUCUGGCGAAAGUCGCGGAGACUCAGGGAAAUUUCUCGGUGGCAACCCGAGCGCUGAGGACUCUUCAGAUGCAUCAAAAUCUGCCUGUAAAUCUGAAGAAUCAAUUGGUUUAUCAAGAAUCGCUCCUAGCGUGGAUGAAUAACGAGCAAGUGAUAGCGCGUCGUCUAUUACGUACUCUAAUUGAAAAGAAGAACCCGAGACCAGAUUUAAAAGCUAAGGCUCUACGAGUCUACGGUGAUUGGAUGGCAGAAACCAAGUCGGAGAAUCCUCAAGCGGUGAUACAAAAGUAUUACCUAAUAUCCAUUGAGAUCAGCGAAGCUAUCGAUGAGCAAACGCCCGAUGUUGUCAAAAAUUUACAUGACACACAGGUUGCACUGGCACGUUUUGCCGACGCACAGUAUCAACAGAUUACCGCAUACAUGAAUUCUCCAACAUUCGAGGCACUGAAGGAAUAUGCUCAUAGUAAUACAAAUAAAGUGGUCCAAGCGCAGAUGAUGAAGAACCAAGAUCUUAGGAAGGCCGUAAUAAUCGAUCAGAAGCAAUCGACGAACGACGCGGCCGAGCUGAAGAAUAUCGAACAAGAGAGGCACAACUAUCUCGCGCAGGCUCUAAAGUAUUAUUUAAAAACAUUGUGCAGCAGCGAGGAGCACAAUCUGCUAAUCUUUCGACUAGUGGCACUCUGGCUGGAUAACAUGUACGAUGACAAAGUGAACGAGGAGCUGCUAGACGAGUUGGACACCGUGCCGUCGUUCAAGUUUGUGCCGCUGGUACCGCAGCUGGCCGCUCACAUAAGUAACGAUUUCAAACAGCAACGUAGCUUCUCCGCACGGAUCUUCCGAAUCCUCGAACGAUGCGCCCUGGAACAUCCAUACCAUACCCUACCUGUGGUGCUAGCACUGAAAAAUUUGCACAGCGAUAACGAAUACGAAUCAGGUCCUUCGACAGUCGCGAAAAAGGAAGAGCGUCGCGUGCUAGGUGCCAAGAAGCUUCUCAGUCGAAUAACCGACUCCUCCGUGCGGACAAUUGUUCACGAGAUGGAAAAUCUAUCGCGCGCAUUAUUGAGUUUUGCCUAUUGGCAACCAAAAGGCACGUGUCAAUCCAAUAAACGCUUCCCAAUAGCGCGGGACCAGCCGAUAUCAAAGAUCAAGAACCUAAACAACGUUCUCCUACCGACUCUGAGUUUACUUGUGAGACCAUCAUGCAAUUAUGUCAACGUGAUCGGCAUACAUUCAUAUAAGGAUUCUUGCGAGUUUGUCGGCGGCGUAACUGCACCUAAAAAGAUCAUCUGCGUUGGCACCGACGGUGUGCAGCGCCGACAAUUGGUCAAAGGCAAGGACGACCUGCGGCAAGACGCAGUGAUGCAACAGGUGUUCACUGUGAUAAACACACUGUUACGCACUUGUAAGGAGACGCAACGGCGGAAUCUACGUAUCAGAACGUACAAAGUAGUGCCGCUGACACAAAGGUCGGGUGUACUAGAGUGGUGCGACAAUACGGUGCCCAUCGCGGCGACUCUGGUAUACACGAAUUCGGACGCGCCCGGCCUACACAAAAAGUACUAUCCACAGGAUUUGACUGCAAAAGCGGCCAGAGAAAAGUUGAUGAAGGUUGCACAAGAAUCAAACGAGGUGAAAUUGAGGAUCUUUCUUGAGUGCUGCAAACGUAUGAAGCCAGCGUUUCAUCAUUUCUUCGAGGAGAAGUAUCGAUCGCCCGAGACUUGGGUCGAGAGGACUCUUACAUAUACGCGCAGCGUCGCCACAACAUCUAUCGCGGGUUAUAUUCUGGGCCUCGGUGACAGACACUUGAGUAACAUUCUUAUUGACGAACACACUGCCGAAGUGGUGCACAUCGAUUUUGGCGUUGCUUUCGAGCAGGGCAAGGUCCUACCCUUACCCGAAACAAUUCCUUUCAGGCUAACUAGAGACAUCGAGGUUGCCAUGGGUGUCUCCGGCAUCGAGGGCACCAUGAGGCGUAGUUGCGAGGUGACCAUGACAAUGCUGCGCGAUCAGAGGCAGAUUAUCAUCACCCUCCUUCAAGUUCUGCUAUAUGAUCCACUCUUUACGUGGGCGAUCACACCGGAAAAAGCUUGCAAGAUGCAGAGCGAUGUCGUAAAGCGAUUCCUGGAAAACAGUGGACGAGCGCCCGUGGAAACCAACACGAUCGCUAAGAGAGCUCUUUUGAGGAUUGAGCAAAAACUGCAGGGCACCGAGGAUGGUCUGGUGUCCAGCGUUCCCGGACAAGUCGAGAGGCUCCUACAAGAAGCCCGAGAUCCCGCAAAUCUGUGUCGAGUUUACUGUGGUUGGCAACCAUAUUUGUGAAUACUAGUAAAUAAUUUUAUACAUGAUGAAUACUCGUAGGAUAACUUUUUUAUGUUUUAUAAUGUACAAUUAAAAAUAUCUUUUUAUACUUGUUGAAAAGUAAAUUUUAUCGAUAUUCAAAUUUUAUUCAUGACUUAUUUAUGUUGUACAAUGUGCUGGAAAAAAUUGAAGUGAAACAUUAAUAAAAUAUUUAAAGGUA